AUGGCCCUCCGUCUCUCGACCAAACGUUUGAUGAAAGAACUCAAGGAUAUACAAGAGAAGGGAACGCCAGCAGGUAUCAUACCACUCUCCACCGAAUCAGUAGAUGAAUGGGUGUUCCUGAUCUGCGUUCUGGGCGAUGAGACCAUAUACAAGGGAGAACAAUUCGCACUCCGACUGAUCUUUAGUGAUCGAUAUCCUAUUGAUUGUCCUCAGGUCACCUUCAUAGCGGACGAUCAGUAUCAGCCCCCUUUACAUCCCCACGUCUAUUCUAACGGUCAUAUUUGCGCAUCCAUAUUUGGGAACGAGUGGUCUCCCGUGUUAACGGCCGUGAGCAUUUGCAUCACUAUGCAAUCCAUGUUAGCGAGUAACAAGAAGAAGGAACGACCAGAAGGGAAUGACAGAUACGUCAGAACAGCGCCCGAUAACCCGAAAAAGACAAAAUGGGUAUAUGACGAUGAUACGGUGUAG